AUGUACAAGUGAUAAGUGACUUUAGGGCAAAUUGUUGAAAACACACCCGAGAGAUUCGUUAUUUCAACACAGCAACACCAACUAUUCUUGUAUUUCGAGUGUUGUUUAAGAGUGAAGUACACGCACAGACCAAUAAAACCGAAGACAUUCAGUCCUCACCGAUGUGUUGCGGCAUCGGCUGAAGACAGCGAUCCACAGUGGGAGUGUUUGCUGGAUAAUAGCAUCAUCUUUGCGGUGCAUAUCAGAUAAACUUGUCUUGAUGGUUUGUUGCUGCUUGUUAGCUUGAAAUAUAAAUUGUGUCAUCGCAGUCUGUUUGUUGUACUCAUGGAUGUUCUAAUAAUACAUCCAUGGUUGUACUAGGCACACAAACUGGCUAUUAUUUAGCUAUUUCUAAAGCUAGUUUUGCUAACAGUGUCAGGCGUCGUUCUCCCCUGGUCGGUCGCCAAAGGGGGAUUUCAUCUUGUCGUUUUCCUGUUGUUAGUAUCAAGGAUAUUAGCUUAACGUUAGUUACAUAAUGUGGCGGUAAGCUGUUGAUGUAGCUCAAUACCAGUCUGUUUAAAAAAAAAAAAAAAAACUCCUUUAUCUCUUACGCCUGUUCCAAACAUUUAGGUAGCAGUAGUUGUAUUUAACAAUGGGAAUCAGCAGAGUUUACAUUAGCAUAGGUUAUGCUACCUUUGGCACCCUGGUUGGACUUUCCGCUUUCUUGGUCUGGAAUAUUGCGUACAAACAGCCAUGGACGGCGGCCAUGGGAGGCCUGUCAGGAGUUUUGGCACUCUGGGCUCUUGUCACACACAUCAUGUACCUGCAGGACUACUGGCGCACCUGGCUCAAAGGCCUCAAGUUCUUCAUCGCUGUUGGUGUGCUCUUCUCAGCUUUGGCAGUGGCCGCCUUCAUCACCUUCUUAACUCUCGCCAUCACACAGAAGCAAUCUCCUACUGACCCGAGGAGCCUCUAUCUCUCCUGUGUGUGGAGCUUCCUGACUCUCAAAUGGUCCUUCCUCUUGGCCUUAUACUCCUACAGAUAUCGCCAGGAGUUUGCAGACAUCAGUAUCCUCAGCGAUUUCUAGUCAGUACUGAUUUUAUAGACUGUGAUGGACUUUGAGGGGUUUUAGGCUGCCAGCCGGAGCUGGUCAAAGAGCUUUUGUAACGAAGACGAGGAAAAGCAGACAUGGCUAGAUUUAAAAAGUCAUCUGACUUUUACCACAUGGAGUUGCACUUGCUUAACAAGCUCUGUAUUUUUUCUUGUAACCUGUUAUCCGACUUUCAGUGACCCACAUAUUAUAUUCCUGUAAGUAGUCAUAAGUCUAAGCCUCCUGAAGACAGGAACUGCUUUUGAAUGAAUUGCUCAAGGCUAUUUAUGAAGGGACAUGCAGGUGGUUUUUCAAACAGAUUUUAUCUUGGGAUUGUUUAAUCUUAAAACAACUAACAAGGAACAAUGAAAUCCCCACCAUAGCUUUUAAUACAAUAAGUUGCUAAAAUGAAAGUGAAAAUACUCUGUGCUGAAAUCCUCAGAACCAAAACUAAAACCUCCUACCUGAAGCCACUCUGCUAAUGCUAGGUUGACAGUGUUUGUUGGAGUGCUUGAAUGUUUGUACCCAAAUGAGCUUUUUCAUAGUUGCAGUUUUGAACCACAGAAUAUUCAUAUCUCUAGACAGUAACUGUCUUAGUGUCUGCAAAGUCAGUCUCUUAGCUCCCUUCAUCGUCAAUGAAGCAACUUGAGAAACCAUUUUUUAAAAUUCACAAACUUUUAUUUCUCCCUUCAUACUCAGCUUUUCUUUUCAUAAGAACUGAAGAAAAGGUAUUCCUGUAGAAUUUGUGUUUUUCAUCUUUUGUUCCACCAGGGGGAGACUUGCCUUUUCCUGUCAAGAGUCCAUUUGAAAAUUGUGACAUUCCUCUUAAGAAAAAACACAAAUGGAUUUGAUUAAUUAUUGCACUUUAGUCUUUGAUAUUGACGCCAUUGUUUUGCACACAAAUCCUGAUACAAUGGAAAAAAUAAUCAUGUUUUACACAUUGUCAUCUUGGUCUCACCCAUUUUAAUGUUGAAAUGCGCUAUUUAUAUGUAUCAUUUAUUUCAGUUAGUAUGAUUUGUGUAAGUCAAGUUAAUCUAGGGUUUUUAAGUUGCUUAGUUCCAGCUGUUGCUUAUGUCUACCUUUUACCAUAAAACAUGUUAAAAUGUAUUUUUUUGAUGAGAGAAUGAAUGUGAGGAUGCUACAUGUAUAUAGAAACUUGAACCCAUUAAAGUUGCAUUUAUUGUUAAUUA